UUGUCAGGCUUACUAAAUAAAGUAUGAUAAAAUCAGGAUCACAUGACUUUAGUCGUUUGGCGCGUCAUUACCUAGGUACUCGUGAUAAUUCCAAAACAACCUCGCUUUGUAGUAAAACUGAACCUGGGUUCUGGAAAUGACGAGCCUUACCCAGAGCGAUUGCAAUGUCAUUGCAAAGCACCCAUUGAGAAACUCUUUAGAUCAUCUACGACUUAUUCUUGAAGAUGCAGAGCAUUUCUGCCGCCCGCAUCUAAACUCUUAUGAUAGUGCUGUUGAUACUCCGUCCUCAGCUUGUCAAGAGGCAAUAUCAGACCUUCUCGGCGCUUUGAUGACACAGAAAUCAGCAUUCAAUCUUUCCUCCCGAUUAGGCAAUCGCAAUUUGGCUUCGGACAUCUCUAAUCUUUUCGGAUAUGUUCAACAGAAUGACUUCAGCUAUGAAGUCUAUCGUGCACUGUCACAACUCGUCAUUCGAAAGGCCCUGGACAUCGACAUCUGGACUGCUGUUAUCAACCUCAUUAUUACUGUCCUGCGUUCCACUCCUCCGCCUAGCACGCCAUUUAUUCAACAAACCCCAAUUACGUAUAAUAUGAGCAGCCUUGUCAACUCGAGUGAAUAUCGCAAAGACGUCGAUAAUGUGCUGAAAGAGGAUAUAGGACCGAUGUCCAUUGAUAUCCCUGGGUUCUACGAAGCUUUCUUUGAAGAGGUGACGGAUCUUGAGCACAUUGCUGAUACAGUUUUUAAGAAAUGCAUGCAGGGCGAUACUCCGCAAUAUCAUGAGAAGGAUGGCUGGAAGGAAUGGCCUGGGGAUGCAAAGGAACAAGAUGUCUUGAAAUGGCUUUCUCAAAUGAUAACUCUGUUCACGGGCUAUGCUGAGGAGUUGUUUCCAACUUUCAACAUUCAACGAAGGUUAUUGAUACAGCCUCAUCAACCUCUAUUAGGCUCAACGGCGAAACGUAAGCUUGAUAUUGGCAUUGUGAAUGGUGUAGCUGCUGAUAAAGCUGUUAAGUAUCACUGGCAGCAGAUUCUUGUGCCAGGAGAACUGAAGAAUGACCGCGAAUAUGAUAAACCUUCAUUGGCAGGUCUUGAUCUGGGAAGGUAUGCAAGAGAAGUACUUUUGUGUCAGGAGACUCGUCGUUUUGUUCUUGGAUUUACACUCUGCGGAUCUCUUAUGCGGUUAUGGGAAUUUGAUCGAUUGGGUGCGAUCGCAUCCACGCAUUUUGACAUCAAUAAAGAGGGACAGCGAUUUGUCGCCACUGUGCUUGGAUUUCUCUGGAUGAGCAAGGAGCAGCUUGGAUAUGAUCCCACCAUUAUUGAUGCUGAAGGCAUUAAGUAUAUUGACAUUGAACGAAAUGGACAAAAGGAACGUCUCAUCAUUGAUGGAUUGAUGACGCGGGCGCAGUGCAUCACAGGCCGUGCCACAACUUGCUGGAAGGCCCAUCAAGAGAAUGGUGAUUCACAGAUACCUCUUGUGAUCAAAGACUCGUGGCAAUACUCGGAGCGUGACGAAGAAGGUGAACUGCUGCGUGAGGUGACUGGGAAGAACGUGGUCAAUGUAGCGAGAUACUAUCAUCAUGAGACGGUUUGCGUGAGUGGCAAAGAUGAUGAUAUUCUUAACGCCGUUCGAAAGGGCCUGGAUGUUACACAGACGUCAAACCGUUUGAUACUGCCUUUGAGUAGAAGUGAGUCCCGUACCUCGCUCGAUAGACGAAGUAGCAGUACCACUGGGCGGAAGCGAUCCUCCAGCCGCGCCGACACAUCACUGCCGCCGCCAAGAAAGCGGAUUCAGUCUAGUUCUCCAGUUAAGACAGCAAAAACUAGUACUGCAAACCGCGUGCAUCGUCGUGUCAUCAUCCGUGACUACGGGAAGGCAAUCUACAAAGCAAGUUCGAGGGUUGCCCUGCUCGAGACACUGAAGGGCUGCAUUGAAGGAUAUGAGUCUUUACAUAAAAAGGCUGGUAUGCUUCAAUGUGAUAUCUCACCAAACAACCUCAUGAUGAAUGAAGAUGACAGUAAUCCUUCCUUUCGGUCAUUCCUGAUUGACUUGGACCUUGCGAUCAAGGAACAACGGGAGGGAUUUUCAGGAGCUCGAGGCAAAACUGGCACACGGGCAUUCAUGUCCAUUGGCGUGCUUCUCGGCGAAAAGCAUUCCUUCAUGCAUGAUCUCGAGUCAUUCUUCUGGGUGCUUUUCUGGAUAUGCAUUCACUAUGAUGAAUUGGGGAAAGGGAGAACUGUUCCGCGGUUUGAGAAGUGGAAUUAUGUGAGCACGGAAGAGUUGGCUGGAAUGAAGAUAGGUGUGAUUGCUGCAGAGGAUGUGUUCUUGAAAACAAUGGAUGACAACACUACUGUCCAUUAUCAACCAUUGGUCCCUUGGGUCAACAAGCUACGGAGGGAUGUUUUCCCUGGCAAUGGAAGGUGGAAAACCCCCAAUCCAAAUUUGUAUUCUGAUAUGAAGAAGGUACUGCAGAAGGCCCAGAACGACCCAGAGGUGUUGAAGUAAUGUAUUCAAUAUUCUUUUAUUCUCUUUUUCCUCACACUCUCCCCUUUCUCUGAUUUUAUAUAUACCCCUGCUUAAACUUGUGCGUUGGGAUUUGGAUUAGUUUGGAAGUCUUUUGUAAAGUAGAAUGAAUUUUUAGCAAGAGUCGAAAUAGUUACAUAAUCUCAUUUAGUUCUAUCAAUUAUUCUGAUUUUUAUCCGUCGCAGAGGACUUUGGGAUAAGGGAAAUUGACCAGGCAUAAGUACACUAAAGCUAGAAAACAGGGACAAUCUGUAACGGCGUGGCAAGCAUGACUAUAUAAGCGAG